GAGACUUUUAUUUUUUAUUAUCCACUAGAAAAUCAAAACACUACUUAACCAAUUUUCUCCUCUAGAUCACACUGACCCCAAUCUUUCGUGCAUCAAGAUUUCAACCCAAACCUCCAACACCAAACUUGGCCGCCACACGGACAACAGGUUUUCAUUGUAGGUUCGUCAAUUUUUGUUGUUGUUGUUGUUGUUGUUGUUGAAGUUAGGGUUCAUGGCUGAUCGGAGUUUGGCAGUUGUGAAGCCGGUAUGGAUGAAACAAGCGGAGGAAGCCAAGAUCAAAAGCGAGGCUGAGAAAGACGCGGCGGCUAAAGCUGCUUUUGAAGCAACUUUCAAGGGUUUGGAGAAAGGUCGCGGCGAGAAGAGGGCUGCUGCUAAUUCGGAUAGUGAUUCCGAUGAGUAUGAGGAUUUGGCUCAUAAGCCGAUUGGGCCUGUGGAUCCUUCGAAGUGUACUGCUGCUGGGACUGGGAUUGCUGGAGGGACGGCUUGUGCUGCUUCUUCGUUUGGUGUGGUGACUAAAGAUUCUGAUGAGAGGAAGGUUUCCACGGGUGGUGCUCAGAUUAAGGUGAAGGUGACACCGGGUUUGGGUGUUGGAGGGUCUGAUCAAGAAGGGAUUGUGAAGGAUAUGGGGGAUGGAACGUAUACGGUUACUUAUGUGGUGCCUAAGAGAGGGAAUUAUAUGGUUAAUGUUGAAUGUAAUGGGAAGCCAAUCAUGGGUAGUCCCUUUCCUGUGUUUUUCAGUGCAGGUAAUAGUAAUGGAGGGCUUCUGGGUUUAGCUCCUCCAUCUUCAUUUCCAAAUCUGGUAAAUCAAACUAUGCCCAACAUGCCAAAUUACUCUGGCUCUGUCUCAGGGGCAUUCCCAGGAUUGUUGGGAAUGAUUCCUGGAAUUGUUGCCGGAGCUUCUGGGGGUGCUAUUCUGCCAGGAAUUGGGGCCUCACUCGGUGAAGUUUGUCGUGAUUACCUGAAUGGGCGCUGUGCAAAGGUUGAUUGUAAGUUGAAUCACCCACCUCACAAUUUGCUAAUGACUGCCUUAGCUGCAACUACUUCAAUGGGAACACUCAGCCAGGCUCCCAUGGCACCUUCUGCUGCUGCAAUGGCCGCCGCUCAGGCAAUAGUUGCUGCCCAAGCCCUCCAAGCUCAUGCAGCUCAGGUGCAAGCUCAAUCAGCAAAAGAUUCCGCUGGGUCACCUGAUAAAGCUAACAAGGAGGAUGUGUUGAAGAAAACUCUUCAAGUUAGCAAUCUUAGCCCACUUCUCACCGUGGAGCAGCUUAAACAACUCUUUGGUUUCUGUGGCACUGUUCUUGAAUGUACAAUCACUGAUUCGAAGCAUUUUGCUUAUAUAGAAUACUCAAAACCCGAAGAGGCAGCUGCUGCUAUGGCAUUAAACAACAUUGAUGUUGGGGGGCGUCCUUUGAAUGUUGAAAUGGCCAAAUCACUUCCGCCAAAACCAACUACGAACUCUUCACUUGCUUCAUCUUCUCUUCCUUUGAUGAUGCAGCAAGCUGUUGCCAUGCAACAAAUGCAAUUCCAGCAAGCACUGAUUAUGCAACAAACUAUGACUGCUCAGCAGGCUGCUAACCGAGCUGCAACAAUGAAAUCUGCCACAGAUUUAGCCGCAGCACGGGCUGCAGAAAUAAGUAAGAAAUUGAAUCCUGAUGGACUUGAAAUCGAAGAAAAAGAGGCGAAACAGAAAUCAAGAUCACCUUCUCCCCCUCCUGAAAGAUCACGAUCAAAGUCAAAAUCUCCUAUCAAUUACAGGAGAAGGAGAAAGUCUCGUUCUUACUCACCUCCACGUAAUUCUAAGGUUAAUCGGUCCAGGUCACCAUUGAGGUUCCAUCAUCAUUCAAGGUAUGAAAGGGACUGGAGGUCCUAUAGAGGCAGCAGGGAACAUAGUGAUAGGUACAGACGACGAGAUUCAGAUAGAUUUCUUGAUAAUCAUUCAUCUGGUUCUAGAAGAAACAGAAGUAGGAGUGUGAGCCCUCAUUCUAAGAGAUCCCCUGCUUCUCCAAAACGCCAAGGAGGAAGUUCAUCUCAUAGAGGAAGGAAACAGUCUCGCGCCGAUUCUGGUUCUCCAAGUAAUCGCAGAGGAAGUAGGUCUUCUCCAAAAAUUGAUGAAAAGGCAGUAAGAAACAGAAGGCGCUCAAGGUCAAGAUCUUCAGAUGAUAAGCUUAAUUUAGACAAAAAUGAAGAAGUCUUGCAUGAAAAGGCCAAACAUAGAGAGCGGAGGAGGUCCAGGUCGCUAUCUGUGGAUGAGAAGCCUCACAGGGGCCGAUCUUCCCCAAGAAAAGUGGAUGAAAGCAGACUCAGGAACAAGAAGCGGUCCAGGUCAAAUUCUGUGGACGAUAAGCAUCACUUGUCUGACAAAUUGGACGAAAACAGUAAUAGAAGGUCAAUAUCUUCAGAUGAUAAGGUUAACUCCUUUGACAAAAAAGAAGAAGUCUCGCCUGAAAAAUCCAAACAUAGAGAGCGAAGGCGCUCCAGGUCCGUAUCUGUGGGCGAGAGGCCUCAGAGGAGGCGAUCAUCCCCAAGAAAAGUGGAUGAAAGCAGAUCCAGGCAUAGGAGGCGGUCCAGGUCAAAAUCUGUGGACGAUAAGCGUCACUUGUCUAGGAAAUUUGAUGAGAACAGAAAUAGAAGAUCAAGGCAUAGUGAUAAAAGGCACUCCAGGUCAAGAUCUAUUGAAAAUAGCGAUCGGGCUGAUGUCAGAGAGGAUGGAAGCAAACAUGAAAAGUCAAAACAUCAUGAUACAAAAUAUAACAGGUCAGAGUCUGAUGAAGGGAAGCAUCAUUCUAAAGGUAAAUCUGAUGAAAAUAGAGAUAAGAAAUCAAAACAUCGUGAUAGGAGGCGUUCUAGGUCAAUAUCAUCAGAAGGUAAGCAUGAUAAAGGAGGCACUUCAUCACAUAGAGACGGGAGCAAUUUUGAACAGAAAAGAUUCAGGUCAAAGUCUCCUAACGCCAAGCAUCACUACAGUGAUGAUUAUGAAAAUAAAGAUGAAAGAUCAGGGCAUCAAGAGAAAACAUUGUCUAAAUCAAAAUCAGAAAAUCAUCAGCAAUAUGACGGGAGUGAGCCGUCCCCAAGAAAUUUCAAAAAGUAUGAAACAAAAGAAAAAACAAAAUUUAAUUCUGCAUAUCCAGAAGUUAAGCAUCAUUUGAGUGAUGGAGAAAAUGGUACCAGUGAAAAAAAAUCCAAACAUCAUGAAAAUGCCACACAAGAACCAAUUUUAAGUGUGAAUGGUAAUGGGGUAUUGAUUUCUGAGAAUGAGAACACAAAGUUAGAUGGGUGGACUGAAAAUGCAGAAGCUGAUGAUAACUCAGGGUGGACAUGUGUGGAAGAAGUGGGAAAUGGGAAAUUUUAAGCAAGCUUACUUUGGAGUGGUGGAUCUCAAUGUUAUCAAAGUUUCUACCUGGCUUUUAACAAUGCUAAUAAUAUAGCUAUAAGUAUAGAUUUCUGUUAUUUCAUCUCAAUGAGGAGUACUUAAAAAAUAGAGGAUAAUCAAAGUUCAUUGCUUUUAAAUGCUGAUCAGGGAAGCUGUCUUACCGGAGGCUGAUAUGAUUUAUCCAUCACUAGAGCAUACUCUUGUCAGAAAAAGCACCAGAGAUCAUGGUUUUGUCAAAUGUUGAAGAUUUAUGCACCUGUUAAUGAUUAUGAUGGGAUAAUAGCAUAUUCUAAUUAAGGAUGUAACUGAUAGAAUGUUCCUCUUAGGAGAAAUGCUGUUCUCAGAGGAUGCUUCCUGUAUUUGAUUGGGUCCCAAGAAUAUUCUCUGUUGGCUUAUGAACAUCUUCAAUUGUUUAUUUCUUUUUGCAGGUUGGGUUGGAAAAGAUCAGAUGUAGAAUUCCAUAGCUGUUGGUGUGAAUUAAGGUUUCGAGAAAUGACCAUGCAGCACUAUAUCAUGCUUCUUUUACUGGUUGAUUGAUGUUAUAUUCACAUUGAAAUCCAUUGGAGCUUUGAGAUACGGUUUUGCUGGGUUGAUUUUCUCUUGUAUAAAUGAAGAAAUUGUCAUGGUUAGGUAAUGCUUCUAUAUAAGUUCAACUGAACCUGGAUGUUGCUGCAAUGAGUUACAUCAUGCAGCAUUUGAGCACUUGGGCUGACUUACAGCUUAUUCUUUAAGUAAAUGCUGAAAUGCAAAUGAUUUCAACAGGUUAUGCAUUGGAUAUGGUGAGCAGCUGUGAAAUCUCUUCACCAGACGAUUCUGUGAAGUUUGUUCCUAGAAGUUCUUUAUUGUUAUAUUUGUUUUAACUUUCUUUAGGGUCAAAUGUCAUAUAUAAUCUCUUGACCAACUGAUCUGGUCACUCACUACAGACCGAUAAGUUGGACCUUAUAUCAGGGUGUUAGGCUUUGCCUUGUAGUGUUUGUUCUGGCAUCUUAUAAUAAUAUAAGAAAAGUAAAAUACAA